AUGGCAUAUGAUAUUUAUGAAGAUGUUGACGACACAACUGUUCCUGCAAGUGAAGUAAAGUCAGAGAAACCGAAAAGUGACGAAAAACCGAUAGAAGAAGAAAAACCAAAAACUGAAGAUAAACCAAAACCAAAGUUUAGUUUGGAAACUAAACCAAGUCAACCUUCAUUAGCUGGUAUGGGUUGGCGUCAAAGACUUAUGGCAGCAGGCGGUUAUGUUAAGUAA